CUCUUAAAUCUACCAAAGAAAUUUAAAGAUGGGUUUGAGUAAUUCAGUACAAACACUAAAGAUUGUUCAGAAUUGUGUUUUCAAGAGGGAGAAAUUUCCAAGCCCUUUUCUUUUAUUAGUCUUUCUAACUCUGAUUUUCAGCUGCUACAUGCUUUAUUUUUCCACCAGCCCAACCAUCAACUUUGCAACCAAACAAGAUUCAGCUCCUCGUACCAACUCUUUACACAUUGUUAAUGAGCCUCAAAUUGAUAAUAACAGUACGUUCUCCGAUUGUGACUUGUUCAAUGGUAGUUGGGUUGUAGAGCAGGAGGGUAAUUCCCUGUAUUAUACAAACUUUAGCUGCCCGACGAUCCCUAGUUCGAGAAACUGUUUGUUGAACGGAAGGCCAGAUGAAGAAUUCAUGCAUUGGAAAUGGAAACCGGAUGAAUGCGCAUUGCCUCGUUUCAACGCUAAAACGUUUUUAACAUUUGUUAAAGGAAAGACGAUGGCGUUUAUAGGCGAUUCCCUCGCAAGGAACCAUAUGGAGUCCCUUCUUUGUCUUUUAUCUUCGGAAGAAACUCCAAGACACAUUUACAAGGAUGUUGAAGACAAAUUCAGAACAUGGUUGUUUCCUCGUCAUAACUUCACUCUCAUGGUCCUCCGCACAGAAUUCCUUGUCUUUGCUAUUGAGAGAGUUAUUAAUAAUUCAUUCACGGGCAGUUUUGACUUGCAUUUGGACAAAUUAAACGUAAAUUGGACCCAACAGUUACCCAACAUAGAUUAUGCUAUUUUCUCAACUGGCCAUUGGUACCUUCGGACUAAUUACCUUUAUGAAAAUGGCAAGCUUAUUGGAUGUGUUAAUUGUUGGGAAGCAGGCGUUCAGAAUUUUGGCCCUGGCUAUGCCAUCCGAAGGGCAUUUCAAGCUUCUUUUGACUACAUAAACGCGGAAUGCUCAGGUAUUGUUGUACUUUUGAGAACAUACUCACCAGGUCAAUUCGAGCAUGGAACAUGGAAUAAUGGAGGAAAAUGUAACAGAACAAGACCAUCUGCUAGAGAAGUAGUUAAACUUGGUGAUCAGAAUUGGGAAUUUCGGAACUUUCAAAUUGAAGAAAUUGAAAGAGCAAGAAAAGAUGGAGAAAAAAUUGGGAACAUGUUUGAAAUUGUGGACGUGACAAGAGCCAUGUUAAUGAGACCAGAUGCACAUCCAGGAACCUAUUGGGAUAAUCAAUGGAUGAAGGGCUAUAGUGAUUGUACCCAUUGGUGUAUGCCAGGUCCCAUUGAUACAUGGAGUGAAUUUUUAUUGGAAGUUCUAAGAAAAAAACUCCACGCUUUCCAUUGAAGUUUGUUACCUUGUUAGGAAUGGCAAGGUAAAAUCUAGU